CUGCCCGUCCGGCGUCCCUGUGGUGACCUUGAGGGCGGCCCGGCGUGGAGUAUAUAGCUCCUGGCCGGCCACACUGAGCCACAGACGAAUCCAAUCGCCAGCACCACCAACAUGAACCCGCUCAUUCUUGCUUGCCUUCUGACGGUGGCUGCCGCGGCGCCCCAGUACAUCUCCGGGCCGCCCCCAUCCCCGAAUUACAGCUCCCCUCCCUCCUACGGCCCCGCCCCUGUGCCUAUACUGAAGGAUGACCGUCAGGGCCCAGACGCCUACGGAAACUAUAACUUCAAUUUUGAGACCGGUGAUGGGAUUAGCCGCCAAGAACAGGGCUCCCCACAGGGUCCCAAGGGCGCCGUGGCUACCCAGGGAGGAUGGUCCUUCACCUUCCCUGACGGCACCCCCGCUGUGUUCUCCUUCGUGGCUGACGGUGCAGGUUACCGUGUGGAAUCUGACCUGCUGCCCACGCCCCACCCGCUGCCCGCCCACGCCCUACAGCAGAUCGAGAAGGCGCGCAGGGAGGACGCAGCCGCCGCCUCCAGUAACCAGUACUCCGCCCCCGCCCCUGCCCCCUCCAACCAGUAUUCGGAGCCCGCCCCCCAGUACUCGAUUUAUUCAAACUAAGACGAGGAAAAACUAGGCACUUUUCUUCUUUUUUCCUUUCUUUUUCCUUCUUUUCCUCCUCCUUAGGGAUGUUAUUUUUUGCCUCUCUUUUCUUCUUCUUCCUCUUCCUCUUACAUUGUUAUCCAUUACUACCAGAUGAAAGAAUAAGAGCUUUCUCCUCCUCCUCCUCCUCCUCCUCCUCCUCCUCCUUUUCCUUAAAAAGUGCCUAUUUCUCCUGGUUUCUGUUUUUUUUUUUCUGAUUUUUCUACUCAUUGUUAUUCUUGUUAGUGUUUCGCAGAGUUUUAUAUUUUAUACGUGUCUGAAAUGGCAACGAGCUAAUGUAAGGAUGAUAAUAAAGUGCAUUUUGUAUCGCA